AUGAGGACGAGGCUGGAGGCAGACGACAGAAAGAAGAGGGAAUUGGGUGGUCGACGGCGAGACGCCUCUGAAGAUAAUACUGACGAGGUGAUCAACAGAACCGAGUAUGGCGGUUCGAUUCCUGUCGAUAACGUUCAAGCGCUUGCUUCCAAGGACCCGAAAGACGUUCCGGUUCGAUAUAUUCGACCAGAGAUUGAAUCGGAAGAGGUUUUAGCUGAUGAGUCGCUGCAGAUUCCGGUUAUCGACAUUAGCAAAAACUCGCCGCGUCUGGACAACCUGAUUCGGGGUUCUUCCAGACAUAUUAGCGCGAUUAUUAUGAGUUUUGUUAUUAAUCAAAGGUUUGAAAAAUGUGAACAGUUGGUGAAUCAUGGGAUAUCAGAAGCCAUAGAUGCAAUGAAGAAGGUUACAGAGGAAUUCUUCAAGCUGCCAUUAGAUGAGAAGAUGAAAUAUGCACAGCUUCCAAACACCAUUGAAGGUUAUGGUCAAGCUUUUGUUCUUUCUGAAGAACAAAAGCUUGAUUGGGGAGACAUGCUCUUCCUUAUACCCUUGCCAGUUCCUUUAAGGAACCUCAGAUUUUGGCCUCAAAAUCCCAAUUCCUUCAGGGAUACCUUCGACGAAUACUCGAACAAGUUAUAUGGCGUUUCAAAGAAACUAUUCGAGUUAAUAUCUAUAAACCUUGGAAUCGAACCUGAAACAAUUUGCAAAAUGAUUGACUUUGAGAAUUGCACACAAGGUAUCAGAAUGAACUACUAUCCAGUGUAUCCACCAUGUCCUGAAGCGCGAAAGGUUUUAGGAAAGACACCGCACUCAGAUGCAACCGGGCUGACCCUCUUGGUUCAAGUGAAUGAAGUUCAAGGGCUACAAAUGAAGAAGAACUCAAAAUGGGUGCCUAUUAAACCCAUUCCCGGAUCGAUUAUCGUCAACAUUGGUGAUGUCCUAGAGGUAAUCAAUUACCAAAAACAUGUAGUAUAAACGAUUUAAGUUUGUUGCUUCUGGAUGGGUUAGGUUGGGUUGACCCAAAAUACUUUUUAAAUAAAGCUAUUCUAGAGGUUUUUAUGCAAUAAAAAUACAAGGUAUUGUUUGAUUCAAAAUUAAGGUAUUGCUUGUUUUAAAAAAGGAAAAACUUUGAAACCCCCUUUAACUCAUAUGUUUUGUAUUUCUUGAAGAUUCAGAUGUUCAAACUUCUUACCAUUGCACAUGUUUUUUAAAUAUUACUUUACAUUUUAAGAUAAUAAAAGACCACUUUGCUCCUAGAUGUUGUUUACUGUCUAGAAUACAUGUUAAUAACAAGUUUUGUGUUGCAAAGCAAAUCUCAAUCUGACCUUGCAAAGGAUUCUAUAAAUCAGCAAGCAAGUUAGACUAUCUCCAUGCUAAGGGCCCCUUAGACGU